AGAGGCUACAAAGAAAAAGGAAUUAGUUAGAAGAGAGAGAGUUUUAAUUGAGACUAAUUAUGCGAAUUCAAAAGAAAAUUUUAAACUUAAAAAGUUGGAGAGACAUGGCUGGAGUAAAGUUGUUGGACAUUUGCUCUUCUGACAAGGAGACGUUCUGUUUGGAGGAUCUGAGGACAUCACUAUCCCUCUGUGAGCAAGUAGACACUCCUGACAAGGGAGGUAUGACAGGGCUCAUGCAUUGUGCAUAUAGAGGGCACACUGGUGGAGUGUCCCUACUCCUGGAGAGAGGGGCUAAUGUCAACAGUCAGCAGGAGAGUGAUGGGUACACUCCACUCAUGUUUGCUACCAUUGCCGGUCAGAGUGAGGUUGUGGAUCAGCUGUUGGAGGCAGGAGCUACAACCACCACCCUCAACAAGAUUGGCAAAACAGCCUCUCAGUUAGGAGCCUUUGUGGGACAACAUGAUUGUGUGCAAGUCAUCAACAACUACUUUCCUCUAUCUGAGCUCCAGGCCUACACUAGUAAAGCCAAGCUACCUCUCCACUUGUCCCACCAACUCCACAAGCUGUUAUCAACCACACACAUCCACCCAGUACAUUUGGUACAGAGGUUUAGUCCUGAGCUGUGUCAGUCAUUCACUGCUGUAGAGAGAGUACUGGAGAAUGUGUGUAGGGAAAGACUAACUGCUGAGAAUGAAUCACUCUCACUCAAAGCUCACUACAUGAGCUUCUUACUACGCCACACUGUACAGGAUGGUUCUCCAUCAUUGCUCAAGAGACUCCUGACCUUUAGUGCUACUGGUGUGCCUGUUGAGCUGGAUCGUGUAUUGAGGCAAUGUCUGAGAGACUUCCCACACAUUCAUAGUGUACUCCUCAAGCAGCUAGUGUCCACCCUGGCCAGAGUGGAGCCAGGUGGUCCUCCGAGUGCUCUAUCACUGUUCACAUCAGUCAUUGUGGGAGAGAAGACAAGUGUGGCUGAUGGGGAGAGAGAAGAGAAAUGUGCUACUUGUGGGACCAUUAGCUCUGGCCUCAAGAAAUGCACACAGUGCAAGCUGGUGUUCUAUUGUGGAGUGGCUUGUCAGAGGCUGGCCUGGACAACUGGAAAUCAUAAGAAGCUGUGCAAGAAGUGGACCUCAGCCAAUACUAACCCUAGCCCCUAGUCAUGAUCAUGUACCACUCCUUUGAUAUAUCCAUGGCUGUAUUGAUUUUUGUGAA